GCCAAGAGUCAAAUCAAUGCAGUAGUGAAAGUUUUAAAAGAGCAGAUUGUAAAUUAAUUAAUCCGUAUCUAAUUGCCAGUCUUUGUUCUGCAUGUCACACCCUCUGCAAAGGCACUGCAUGCAGAUACUUGUAAGGGAGAUUCAACCAAGUGAAAUCUUGUCUGCUCCAGCAAAGAAGGCAGGAGGGUACAUCUCUUACGCCUCUAAGUGACCUUGGUCAUUUGUAUUUAUAUUACACUCCCUUGAUGUUUUACAGGAUGUCUCCAUGGAUACAGGAAUAAACAGAAGAUAAUAGUCCCACAGCCUUUAAAGCAGCAUUUCAUUCUACAGGCCAGGAGGACAGAGUAGGCGUCUACAGCUGAACCCAGGGAAUCAAGCGGUAGGAAAAGAAUUCUGUCUGCAACAUAUUGCACAUAACACACACACACACACAGACACAAAAACACAAUAAUUAAAAAGACAAAAAAACAUAACACCCAUGCAUUUAUUUUUUGCAUGAUUUGUUAUAAUUUGUUUAUUUUUUUUAUAGUCUGCAACAAACUGAUUUUACAGAUCAUAAUGCAUUAGGUAUGGUUCCUCAUCUUGUUAAAUUAGCAGGUGCAUUUUUUUUUUAUAGAGAAAGAUGCAGAGAGAGAAGGGGAGAUAGAGAUGGAGAAAUACAGAGGACAUUGCAAUAGGAAAAAUACACACAUUACACAUCCCUGCCGAAUAUUUUCCUACAAGAAAUAAAAUGAUCCUGGGUUUACAGUAGCAGUCAGGGAUGUGUUACAAUGAUAGGCUGCAUGCUUUCAUAUAAACACUGCUGUGCUGGGAGCUAUUUCAGAACCUCUUACCCCUCUACAUGAAUUAUUCCAGUCUCUGCUUCCUGGCUACUGUUUGCUAGAGGAGAAAGACACACUUUACAUCUGUUUCUACAACAAGGGGGAAAGCACUCAGUUUUCAUAGCACUGUAAUGCUUUAAGAUCCUGCAAUUCUGUUUGACUGGGAGGUGUGUUGUACUUUUUUUUUUUUUUUUUUUAUAAAUCUGUUACAUGGAGUAUCAGUUUGCAGCAAUCCUGAUGGGAAAAGCUGUUUGUUUAUAACGCUGUCUUUUAUUCCCCUUUAUGGCUUAUAUCACUUGUACCCCUUGGCGUGCUUGUGGAAUAUUAUAAGGUAAUAAUGGGGAUUGGUAGGAAAUCAUUGAUCUGGGGUGUGGAGGGGGAAUGUUUGGGAAUGUUUAUUGCUGGUGGGUUGGGAUAGUAUGUGAGUCAUUGGUUAAUGUCAUUGCAGUUUCUCAUUAUUAGAGAUGUGUUUAUAUCAUGGUGUUUACAUGAGUCAGAUUCUGUGUUCUGUUAUUAACCCACUACAGGACAAUCAUAUUAACGAUAUCCUGAAGGGAUUAUUCUGUGUGAGGGUUUUGUUUAAUAUUGUAGCAUGUUUGUUUAAAAUUAGUCUUUUAUAGGAGGUAAGGUGUGUGUGCUUUUUGUGAUUUUGCGAUGUGGAUUGCUUGUUUUGACUGUAAAUAUGUCACUGAAUGUAUACUUUGUAUCAAUGAAUGUGAUCUGAAAUAAUUGUUCUGUAAUGUGUAUUUGCAUAUGUAUGGUAGUUUUGGGUGUGCUGAUUGUAUCAGGGCAGGUAGUGAGUUGUGAUUUCUGCAAGCCAAUAGCCAUUAUAUGUAGUUUUACUGGUGUUAAGUCUCCCAUCCUGAUGCAGAAUCACUGAUGAUGUAUUACUAACCUAAUGGCAGAUCAGUGUGGUGCUAUGUACAUUAGUGAAAUCAAAUGUAAUGUAGCAGGGGCAAAGAGGGGUUUAUUUACUAAACUUGGAAUUGUGGUGAAUUGGCAAAAUAACUGAUUAUAUGGUAGAGUUAGAGCAAUUUGCAGAUGCAAUAUUUUGGUUUAAAAAUGUAAAUUGAUUUAUUUAAUUUUCCAUUCAAUGCCCAUUAUGUGAGUGAAUAAACCCCAGGGGUAGUCUAUGUAUUUGUCAGUUUAUGUUUUACUGUAGAAAAGGCUGCAGUAGCCAUAAGGCGAACUGGAGCAGCUGCCUUGGGCUCAGGUGUUAGAUAGGGGGCUAUCAACAUAAAAAUACUUAGCAAAGCUUGGCUCCAUUUAUCAUCCUUAUUCUAAGAUUGAAAGAUGACCCAAACUACCUGGAGUCCUGUGGGAGCUUAAUUCAUCUCUGACUGUAUAUACAUAUAUAUUCAAUACACACACACAUAUACAUACACAUGUAUACAAUACACACACACAUAUAUACAAUGCACAUACAUACAUAUAUAUGUAUAAAAAUGGAAUAGCAUUCUAGUAUUUGAUUUAAAAAAUCUUUUAUUAGGAUUAACAUUUCAGAUUUACAUACACUCUUUUAACAGAACCCUGAUAUAUUAUUCAUAUCAUAUAUAAUAGUGUGUGUGUGUGUGUGUGUGUGUGUGUGUGUUACAGCUGUAGGGAGAUGGCAGGUUAUUAAACAAGCAAAGGGGAUGCAAUCUGUGUUUAUGUGAUGCAGUGAUUUCAGCUUUGUCACUGUACCACGCCCAGUAUAUCUAUUUUUUUAUGAGUGGGUAUUUUAACACUUAUAAAAUAUGGCUGUUUUUAAUACUAUGUGAAAUUUACAGAGGCCAAAUAGCCAUUAACUCUUCAAGACGCACAUCGCUGUAUAAUGCCACACAGAUUUUGGAUUUAGCAUUGCUUGCAGUUUGAUUUCUGGUACAUAGAGUGCCUUGUUUAUCUGUCUUGUGUUUUGCAAGCCCCUUCGGGAAUGAGCACAUGGAUCAAGUGCAACAAAAUAAUUUGACUGAACCCACAGAGAAUAUCCAUUUUAUAGUAGAACAUCUGCUGCGUUUGACUCCCCUUGAGAAUUUGAGAUCACUGCACUAGCCCAGAAGACACCAUUAUCUCUGAAUAGUUGUAAAAUUGAAUCUCAUCCCCUCUUACAUUAUAGGCCUAGCUUAGUAGCAGCAUGCAGAGAGCAAUGUUCUGCAGAACCCACUUUCCAUCAAAAAGACUUAAAUUAAAAUCUUUAUUAGCAGGAACACCAUGAGUUUACAGAAUGUUAAUCCAAUCACUAUGUGGAGGAGCCCGGCUGUCUCCCACCCUGAACAUUCUCACAGUUACACUUUGCUUACAACAUUACAGCCUGUUGUCAUGGUGAUCUGCAUGAUGAGAAAUAGCAGUGACAUGAUCUGCCUGCAGGGCUCUUUAGCAAUAUACAGCAGGGUGAUGGAUCUGCAAGAAUUAGAAAUAAAUUUAAAAAGGCACCAAUUAUGCACAAGGUUAUAUUAACCACUGCAAUGCCGAGGAGUGCAAGGGGAUCUAGAGUCAUAGAAAAGAUUCAUAUUCUUAUCCCCUGUUUUAUAAUAGUAUUCCAUCUUUGCAUUAAUGACGUAUUUAUAUUCCCAAUAAUUGUAUUGUUUUAUCUUUAAGUACAAGAAGGUUAUUGUUGUUUAUGAAAAAAAAGUUCAUGUACAUUUUGAACUUGCGCCUAAUUCAUACACAAAUCUUAACAUUAACCCCUUACCCUACCCACGAUAGUGUGACCAGAAAAUGUUUAAAAACAACAACAAGAAGCCAUUCUUAGUGCCAGGCGUUUCUAUUAGAACCUGAGGAUGGUUGUGAAAAACAAUCACUAUUGUUUAGAUCUUAGUGGUCCACUGUGAUAAGUGCAAAUUGUGUUUCUUAUCGCCUAUUCUAAAUAUUUAAUGCGAUGCUGCAAUGGCUAAAGAGUUACUCCAAGCACCAUAACCACUCAAGUGAUUUGAAGGGGUCAUGGUGUCUGGAGUCUGUAUGAAACACAGUACACGUAGAUUUUACCACCUCUGCUGCCAGAGGUCUUACUCCACCUCGUACAGCUACAUUGGGUUGUCAUCAGCUAAUGUCAAAUUUAUUUGCAAUAAAUAUCGUUCAUUGGUUGAGAGUGGUAAGCUAAUAUUUUUAGCCAAUAAAUGCAUUGUGCACUUGCGGACCCAAGGAAGAGGGCUAAAUGGUUGCCCCAUGACCCGGGAAAUGGUCCCCAGUACUCCUUACAUCAUAACCACUACAGCGAGCUAUAAUGGUUAUGAUGCUCAGAAUAAACCCUUUAAAUGAAGAGAAUUAAUAAAGUCAGUAUUUUAUUGAUUAGUCUUAAUAUAUCUGAAAAGUUCCAAUUAUAUAGUACACUUUAUUCUGUCUUGUGUAUUAGUAUAUGUAAUAUAAAUGUGUAUCAUUUACAUCUGAAUAAAGUCAUUUGAACAUGUAAUUCUAUGGGUGUAUCUGCCUAACUGUACAUACAGAGUAUACAAUAUUUGUAACUAGCUUCUGUUUAAAGCUGUUUACAAAACAAUUUAAAUAACACACGUGUCUAUAUAUAUAGUAAGGUUACCAGAUGUCCCCAAUACCUUAUUUUAGAAUUAAACCAAGUACUCUUUCAAUAAUAACAAUGUCUGUAAAUGGAUCUUAGGGAUUUUAACAAUCAGAGUUUAUACAUCCCUGGAAGCGACAUGUAUCCACAAAUGUUUCCUAUAACAGUGUAUUCAAGGAAAAAUAUGUUUUCAUUUUGUAUUCUCAGUUUCUUAGUUUUUUUUUGUGUGCACAUGAGCAAAUUUGGUUGAUAAAGUCUGUUUUGUUAAAUAUAAUAAUGCUGCCUUUUAAUAUUACACAUGAUUUAUUCUUAAGGGGACACUGCAGACACUGUAACUGCUUCAUCUCAUUGAUGUGUUUCUAUUGCCUGAAGUCCCCUGGCGCGGUCCUUCAUUUUGGCGUUAAAUCGUUAUAAUGUUUUAAUGCUAAACGAGAGUCCUCUGCAAACCAUUUUUGCUGCUUGGGCUAAUGAGGAAGCAUUAGCCUGAAAAACAAUGGGCAGCUAUGAUUGGUUGAGUGUGUCAGCUGAUCUCUUUCAGCCUAUCACAGAGCUCACUCCUGGUAUGCAUUGGUAUGGCUACAAGUAAGUGUGUAAUCUCUGCCUUAGCCAUACUUGCCAGGGACAUUAAAUGUUACACUACUUGAAAAUGUUUCAACACUGAAAGGAGGGACAAUGCCAGGGGACUCCAUGCAUUAUAAUCAAUUCAAUGAGAUGAAACGGCUAUAGUGCCUACAUUGUCCUUUAAACACCAGUCCCAUCCUUAAUGUUUCUGGCUCUGUAUAAAGAUGAUGACUUUGGAGAUUCAUGUCCGAUCAACGUAGUAUACAAAAACAACAAAAAUAAAUAGUUGUAUUCACAGUCAUAAUUCCCAUUAACAGAUACAGUAGUGUCUGAAUACCAUAUCCUUUUCUGUUAAGGAACCUGUUGUUUCUUAGUUUUAAUUUUAUUAUAAAUCCUGCUUUUGCUUAGUUCCUUCUUGAUUAAUGCAAUUGCUUUCUUUGUAUGGAUGCUAUGGUCUCUGCUAGUCCACCUUUUCUACUUUAAUCUUUAACUGACCACAGAUUCAUGCAACCUGAACUCUGUAUCUGGGAGCUAUUGUUGUGGUUCUCCUUUCUUAUCCUUGCCUUUCCCACUCCUGUCCUUUCCAUCCCAGUACAUCCAUCAUGCAGUCUCUUUUUUAUAUAUGUUAAUAGUUGUGUUUCUUACUGCUCUGUACCUGCUCGCUUCUUUUUUCCCUCUCCAAUCUGUCUUACUCUCUUAGUCUCCUGUCCAUGUUGUGUGUUUUUCUCCUCUUUGGUCCCCUGUUUUUUACCACUGGUCACUGGCUUUCUCACUCUUGUGACCUGUCCUGUUGCUGCAAACAUAAAACCAUUCUAUGCUGAAGUCAAUGUGUAUAAAGAGGAGAGACACUUUUAGUGUAAUCAAGUAGACAAAUCGAUGAACUUCAAGUACGUGCGUUAGCCGUGGUGACUCUGCCAAUCACACAUUCAUUUCAUAUGACCUGACACUAGUCUAUUUGCAAUAGGAUUCUAAGGAAUUCUCUUGGAAAAUCAUCCUAUAAACUUGAUAUACCACAUACGCACCUUGUGCAUUGUUAAAUAUAUUUAUCAAAAGUACCUGUAGCUUUGUGCUAUUUUUUGUGAAAAAUUUAGAGAUAUCUAAUUCAUGAACUAGUUUGCCUACUAGUUCAGUAAAAUAAAUCAUGUGAUACCUCUGUAAUUAUACAUGUGACUUAGCACUUGUUUGCGACUUACUGCGUCUACCCUAGGGCAAGCUAUUAAGCUUUUCUCUAUUCUUAGUGUAAGUCUUUUUUCUGUUUUUACCAUUUGGAGCAUAAGUAAUACUUUCUAUGUCCUGAACUUAACAUUGUUCUACUUACUAUUCCUUCUAAGGAUGCAAGAAUGUCACAAUCAAUCUGCAACAACCAGUGGUCUGGAAGAAUUUUAAGGGGCAAAAAUAAUCAUGCAAAUCCUGUAACAAUAGUCCACCAUAGCUGCUUCAAUUAGCAUACUGAUAAAGUGGAUAUAAUUACAUAGUUUUAUUAUCAAUACUGAAUUUUUAAACAUAGUCAUUGGGGAAAGCUAACAAGUCCUUAUUAAAGUGGACUUGUUAUUCAUGAAUAGAUGACAGGUCAACUUUGGAUCUAUAUUAAAAUUUUAUUUAUACAUUGUGAUCUCUGGGGCACUUGCUCUGCUGAGUCAAUGAAUCCAUUUGGGACCCCACUGACCACACAGAGUCACCAGUGGCAUUCCAGGUCUGCAACUAGAGACCUUAUUGUUUAUGUCACAAGACAGAUUGUGUUCUUCCUCGAUGCCUUUUUAACUGACCCCAAUAUUAGAUAGGCCUUUGUGGACAUCUACACAAUAUUAACCACCUUGGGCAUUGACCUAUUCAUAGCUGGAGUCAGCCAAAGGACUUAGUAUAACUUGGGCCUUCACCCAAAGCCCUGUGCCCCAUCAUUCUGGUGUAUACAGCUAGGCAGGAGGCAUAGACAGCAACAGAGCUAAUAAGAUUGCAUGAGAUGGAACACUCAAGCCUAUAGUCUGACUUAAUUCUGUGAAAACAUAUUGGCUGUCUUAAAAAUAAUAAAUUAUGCCCAUUUGGAUCAAUUUGUACACUGAGCUCUGCUCGUAUUUCUGAAUUCUAUCUAGUAUCAUUGCUUUGUGAAGCCAUGUGCAAAUAUAUUUUGCAUAAUUGUUCGUCAGAUGUUUCUUCUUCCUAAUGGUUGCCUGAGAUAAUAGACAUCUUUGCCAUUGCUCCCUUUGCAUGACUAGUCUAAUUACUAUUUUUAUAUGAGCCGUUAUUUUCCGGUUAUAAUAAUUACUCUCUUUUCUCGUUCUGUGAUACCAGCAGUAGUCUAGAUGCUGUUAUUGGGGGUCAUUCAAAUAAUCUCAGUAGAACUUCUAGCAGAAGUAAUCAUUUGGGCCUUAGUAGCGACAAUGGCCUAUCCUUAAUCAAAGAAGCUUCUGGGACAGAUCUAAUAGUGCCUGUACAGCAACAAUCUUCCUUUCAAUACCGUUAUUCUCAAAGUAAGCAUUUACCUUGUCCUUCCCAGCAUCCAUGACACCACGUGUCAUGAUCUCUGAAGAAGUAACUUGUCAGAGUUAAAUUCCAGUCCAGAUCUGAAUUUGAUUGGAAUUAAGAGGACAGGAUAAGAGCAGCACAAUCAUACAUAGUUAUGAUUUUUCACACUACAAUUCUAUCACUUGUUAUGUUAUUUUUGACCCUGUGUUGUUGCUUGGUAACAGUUACAGCACAGUAUAUACUGCGGGCAUACAGAAUAGGCUUUACAUACCUUAACAAUGUUGUUUUCACAAUUUUUAACUCUUAGACAUGAUCGUGCACAUCAAACGCCAGAAGACUAUGCAAAAUAUAAACAUGUUUACAGUUCCGUACAGAAGCCGUAUCCUCUGAUUAUCUAUUUGUCUUAAACAUUUUACCAUAUGGGAAAGUUUAAGUAUGAAGAUGCCGAUUUUUCAGUAUCUCCCGUAAUCUUUAUUUAGGCACAAGCAUAAAUAAACAGACACAAUCCCUCAGGACCAGCAGCUGUUAUAACCCACCAUUCCUCUAUUUUAUCUGUAAUCCUUCUUAAGAAACACAUUAAAUUGUUAAGUUCCUGGGAACUGAAGCACAAAUCUGAGGCCAAAUUGGGUUUAAAUAUCUGGUUUCUAACCUCGAAAGUAUCCAGCUAGUGUCACUGAGUACAUAAGAUGCUCUUGAAGUGAGAUAACAUUUGUCUUUUUUUGAAGUUGUUUACUGUGUUUUUAUUUUUUUUUUUUUAUUUUUUUUUAUCUUCCCUAGUGCCAUGGCUCAUAUCAAUGUUGCUUUUUAUUUAUUUAUUUUUUUACUUACAACACGAUCCAACCGAUUUAACAUCUGGAAACAUUUAUUUCUGUGGUUAAUAAAACAGUUGCUCUUUUUGUACUUGGUGUAAGCUGGUAUUAACUAGUUGGUUGCCAAAAUGCUUACAAGAAACUCCUUAUUUUUUCUCCAUUAUUUCAUUCUUUCAUUAUCAAGUUUUACUUGUUUUCAAAGUGAGCCUGCUUCCCUGUGUACACAUGUUGUUGAAGACAGGAUUGUAAAACAGAACUGAUUGCUAAUGUACAUCUGGCAAAAAGAUGGGUUUGAUUGCAUUAUCCUUAUGCUGCCUAUGACAUCAUUAGUACUAACCCUGCUAUAAAUAUAUAGUUUAACUGGAGAGUAACUGUUACAUCUGCAAAUCGGUCAUUGACAUAGACGAGAGGAGGUAGGCAUUUAUACUUUGGUUCAUCUGUUAGCUAAAGACUUGUUAUGCUUUCCAAGCAUUUGCCAAACUGUAUUUAUAAACAGCAACAAAGCAGUGAAACAAGUAUAAUAAAAUGGUUUCCAUAAUCAUGGUCUGUGCGGGGUGGGUGCUAUACACUACCUUACAUCUGGUGGCUAAAACUCACCACUUGUGCAUCUCCCUCCUGUCUGCUACUUCUCACUGAGUCGCUCAGUUGAAUGAUUGCGAGGAAGAGUUACAAAAAGUCUGCAUCUGCAGGUGCGGUCCAUAUGCUCCAUUACUGUAGUAGAGGGGCACUCAAGGCAAGCUUGGAUAUCCUUUCGGGGCAGCUUGACAUACAUGCCAUCAGUUGCCAACCAUUGACCAUAGAUAGAUAGAGUGAUAGACAGAUAGAUACCUAGCGAGGGAAAGAGGUGAAGAAAGAGAGAUAUGCAAACAAUGAUUAAAGGAUCUUACAAAAUGCUUGACCCUUCCAUGGCCCAUAUGAAGUUAAUUUUAACUCUGCUUAGUGUCCUUGAGAGUUGCAAAUAAAUAUAGAGAGUAUAAGAGCAGAAACGUUAAAAUGUAUUGAAAUAUAAAACAUAUAAUUUUCUUACACAUUUUUAUAAAGACGAAAAAGAUAAGAUAUACAUAAAAUUAAAAAAAAGUUGUUAAAAUAAUAAGCAUGACAGUUCAAAUGCAUGGACAAUUGAUGGUUAUUUCCAUUUUACAUGUAUCAUUUUAACUUUUUACAGUUUAUUUUAAACUGUCUUCGCACAACAGUUGAGAAAUGAAAGCACUGAACUAACACAUGUAUUUAUAAACGUAAUAAACAAGCCAAGGCAGGCUUUUACCCAAUUGUUCUUUCAAUUUUUACAAGGACAUAUUUAUGUCUACACAAGCUGGGUCAUUUAAUUCCACUGGCGCAGUGUCUUUAUAUCCGUGACGUGAUUACAUACAUCACUGAGGAUACAGCUGCUUCUGGACUGGGAGUCAGGACAGCAGGGGAGGCCAAAAAGAUAUCCAGAUGUUGCCGAAUUUGUAGUGUUCUCAUGAUUAAGGAUAAAAAAGCACCACAUCAGUUGUAGUUCUACAACAGUUAGCUCUCUACCUUUUCUCCACUUCCAUUAAUGGAAUAGAUGGAUCUGUUCUUGAGCUAGCAAAGAACAAUUUGAGCUUGGUUGUAUACCUGGGAAUCUACCUUUUGUCACCAAUGUCCUAGUGGAACCAAUUGACAUACGAUGCCUGUUCUUAGUAAUAUGGCCUCACAAAAUAUGGUGAUCUCAAGUCUGCUAUUCCUUUAUUGCUCAUAUUUAUUAGUGCUAGGUACCAUAUCCCAUCUGGUAUAUUUAACAUUUUUGGAGAGCGAUGCUGGCAUCCUCACAGUAAAUGCAGCAAGCCCCGCAUAUGCCAAGGCACAGAAUGGCAAACAUCAUUGGUUGAGAGGGGAUUUCAAAAGCAUCUCGUGUAGUACAACCCAAACAUGCUCCAGCAUAAUUUCCCCAGGGCAUUUUCCUGGCACUAGUAAAAUCCGGAAAUAUGAUUUUGAAAGUGAACAGAAAUGACUGACUUUUCAUAAUAGAGAGAGUAGUUUGAUUCAACAAUACAUUAUUCUACAAUGAAAUCUAUAAUGCAGUUCUGCUGGGGCACAUUUGACCACAUAUUGCCUACUUGAUCCAUUCUCAUUGCUGAGACAUAUACAAGAAUAAUUAAUUAUAGGUAGUAGUUUGAUUCCAGACAUGAGCAUAUUCAUUUCUUUACCCAAUCCCCAUUGAGACCCACCUAAAUUCCACCCACAUGAAGUUCUGCACCUUCCCAUCACUAUACGAUAAGGGGAGUACAAAAGUAAAAAGCUUGAACUCCAAAGAUAACCUAUGCUAAUAUAUCACAAUCUUGUAAAAAAAAAAAAAAAAAUGCUGUAAAAACAUUGUUUGCAAUCCAUGCACUCACCUCAAAAAUGCUUUUUAAAAUAAUUUCACAAUGUAAUCAAAUAUUUGGAUUAAUAGUUCAUUAAUCUAGGGUCAAAUGAUGGGAUACACAGGUCUGUUCAUAGUUUGCAGAGCUAUUAAGAAAUGUGAAUAGUAUAACAGUAUUACAUUACAGUAUAUAUAUUUUUUAAAUGUACACAAGAUGUUGGGGUGUUUGUGUUUUCUAUAAGUUUUUAUAUAGCAUUAAAGCCUUAUUCAUCCUACCCAAAUAGGGUUACAUACAGAAGUAUUGUUUUAUGAUUACUCACGGAUACAAAAGUAAUAAGGAACGAUGCCUUGGCUCAUCUAACAGUACAAGAUAGGCCAUGUGAUUACAUUCUUCAGGGAUGCUUUUGGAAUUCAGUUAUACUAAUUAGCUGAAUAAUUAUAUGUCUUGGGAUUUAUAUUUCAUCUUAGAUCUGUGUCUUCCAGUAUCCCUAUUGGGAUAGCAUUUAGGUUAGUGCAUGAGAUGUCUUUGUGCAGUCUGGUAAGUGAGGGUCAUAAGUGGUCAGUGUAGGGUGUGAACAUACUUCUUCUCAUUUGGUCUGGUUUAAGCUGUGGCAAUUUAGUUCUGCUAGUGGUUGUAAGAGACAGCUCAGAAAAAUCUCCCCCAAAAGAAUAAAAGGAGUAAGGUAAAUUAAUGAGUAACAUCCAGUUUAUAUAUAAAACAUGGACAGUGGUACCGUGGGUUAUGGUACAAUAAUGCCAUCAAAGAGUUAAGGUUAGACUAGGAUUAGGGUAGAGUUAGGGUUAAGGUAGGGCUAGAGUUAGGGUUGAAGGUGUGAAUUGUGUAAUAAUAAUGCCAUGCUAAAGAAAGGCUAGGAUUAAUGCCAUUUUACUAGUCGGGCAGAACUGGGAUACAGAUGUCCUUAGAUCGAUAAGCGUUAUGCAAGUGCCAUUAUUUAUUCAGCUCCUCAACCGAUAGUGAUUUGCUAAGAGAGGAAGAGAAGAGACAGAAUCACACUAUUUGUGUGUCCUCAGCUCCCUCCCCACACACAAACACACACGCGCUAGCAGAUUAUAAAUUAAAAUGGCGACAGCUGCAUGCAUGAAGUGUUGCCCAGGAGUGAAGCUUGGCUCUCACUCACCUAAUGGCAUGGAUGAUGUCACUCAAAGUGUGAUAUCGAAGUUAAAAAUAAUGUCUGCCUCUUGUGAGGGACAAAUAACUGAAGCAUGGUUAGAUGAGGGCAAAUAAAGAUUUUCAAAAACAUAUGAAUAUCAGUUCAUAUACAAGGUUGUUCACUAAUUAAUAAUGUGUUUUGUAUUGCUAAAUGUUGAGCUUAUACUUCAUAAUAUUAGGGAGUUCUAUUGCCGUGGGGCUUUGGGAUAAUCAUGCACACUGUGCAUUACUGUUGCUUGGUUGCUAUGGCGCUCACCAAACAUUCUGGAAUCCAUAAAGAUGUUCACUAGGGCAGGGAUGAUGGAUAGGUUAAUUUAGGCCUUCAAGAGGGAGUGUAUUUACAAAAGAGGCAACCUAGUAAAUUGCACUGGGAUUGCUUGAGCAGGUUAGAAGACGUUAUACAUUAUCCUGAUUUAAUAAUGUUUUAAAAAAAACAGUUAUCACAAGUAGAAGGACUGCGAGCGCUAAUGAGUGAGUCAAUGUUGUGUGACAGGUCUCCUUUAAUGGGAAUUUAGCUUAGCUUAUAAUUGCAUGAGGGAUAAGCUAUGCAUUACUGCACAACACUCUGGCACCGAGUACAUAAAAAUUCUAUAUUGUACACUAACAGGUUGCUUAGAUACAAGCAACACGUACACAUAUGAUUAUAGACAGUUUGUGCUUAAUGCCAAAUAGCAACAGGUUGUUGCCACAAAAUACACAUCAAAACAAAAUAUGAAUUCUAAUCGCUUGUCUGAGAAAAUGUAACUUGCCUGUGCAGUGUAAUAUUAUCUUGGCUGUAGUUCAAAUUGCAACAGAUUGCGUAAUUGUCAAUAUGACUUGUAGCACAUAGGAGAGGGCAAGAGCAUUGUACUGAUGGUGUGUACCCAGCAAGCCAUAAAGAUAUGUACAUUUAUAUAGACGCACAAUAAAGUUUUAAAGGCACAAAUAAGGUUCACAGCUGAUUUAUAGUUCCUUAAUCACGUCCUGAUAGAAAUUGGAUUUCUUGUAACUAUACAACUACAAUAAUAGGGGUUUCUAUUUUGCUGCAUACAAUGUAUAUGUGAACAACCAACUGAACACUGCAAAAAUAGUAAUUAGCAAACUGUGUGCUAAUAAUGAAAGUGUAUAAAAAUGCCAAUAUAAAUUAUAUUGUAUUACUUAUAUAAACGUCUCUUUGCUGGGACUGGCUGGCACAGAUAUCCCUGCCUUUCACACUUGGCAGAAAUGCUGGUGCCAAUGAAUAGAGCAAUUUUUUAGAAGGCACAAAGCAUGCCAUUAUAAUGGAGUCAUACAAUGCUGUAAAAUUGUGCAUAUUUUUCUCAUUUUUUUAAUUUAGCAUAAGGAGAAGAUGAGGUCCCUGGGGAAAUCCUAUUUUAUUCGUUUUUUUUUUUCUUUAAAGUAGUAAGCAAUCAAUUGCAAAACUCUAUAUUAGUAUUAGAAUUUCUAUCUCUCAUGUUUUAGUGCUGUUACAGUGCAUCAUGCUUUCACUAUCUGUCCUGGAGCGAUUACAUUGAUUAAUUAAAGUAACAGUAUCAAUUCAGUUAACAGUAAUAGUAUAACUUGAUUUUGCCUGACCCCCACUACCCUGAGAUGCCUGUUUGACAUCCCACAUUUCCUGUACCCGAAGAAGGUAACACUGCACUGUGUAGCUGUACUCUAAAUACUGUAUAUUUGUGGUGAAAUUUACAUUGCACAUGCAGAUAUCUAGCUAAUAAUCUAGCCUGAGUUUGGUUUGCAUGUGCUGUUGUGUUUUGUUGUAGCAAAAAAAGUUGCCUAAAGCAAAUAUUCUAUCAUAUUAUGGCUUACUUAGCAUCACCUUAAGUACUCUAAGUCAUGUUGAUCUAUUGGGAUGAAGUUUGUUGUGUUAUGCAUAAGCAAAAAUAGAAUUCUGGGAAAUGCUACAACAUACAUAGGUUCCAAAUAUGCUAAGAUUUUUAGGAACAGUUCCCUGUUCCCAAAAGAGGGACACCAGGGAAUAAACCCAGGACACUAGGACAGGACCGUAAAUUUGUGACUGUCCCGCGAAAGGAUGAUUAGGAGGCCUGCAACGUUAUUAGUGUUACUGAAUACCUCCCAACAUUUCAAAUAAACAAAGAGAGACACUAUAAUUUUAGGGGUGUGAGUGGGGCUAUGGCCAAGUGUGGGGGUGUUCUGAGAACUUUAGAUAAUUUACUAAUAACAAUUUAUGCAACUAAAGUGUAGUUUAGAACAAGAAUGAAAUAUCUUCUUUACACAGACUGAUUUCUAAAACCAUAAAGAGUUACGCCAGGCACCAUGACUUCUUCAGGUUUUUGAAGUGAUCAUGGUGCCUGGUGUUUGCUUGUGCAGCUUUUUCGCUGUAAAGUGAUGCACGUACCAUAUUUAACUUCUUUGCUGCUGUAGGCGUUUAAUAAUAAACGUUUCAAAUAUUUUUUCCAAAAUAUAAAAAAAAAACAAUGUAUAAAAAUAUAUAAUUAUAUCAAACUAUCAAAAUAAUACAAAAUUAAAAUAUUUUUUAUAAUAUUCAUUUAAAAGGUUUAUCCAAAAAUAUUAAGCCAUUUGGAAAGCUUAUCCAACAAUAUUAAAUCAAGGACGUAUUCUCACAUUAAAUGGAACAUUUCAUACAUUCAAAAUAUUGUCACACAAUAAAAAAAAAAAAAAAAAACUGUAGUAGAAACACAAUUUUGAUUUGUGCCAUUUAAAAAAAUAAAAACAUCAGUUUUGAAACACAGUUGUAAAUAGCUUUCUAUUUGGUUUUUCCAUCUUUUAGAUUGACUUUGAGAAAACAGGGAUAUAGAAAAGGUUAUUGUCAGUGGACUUGAGUUUACCUUCAACAUAAAUUACUAUUGUCCUAUUGAUAUUCCAAAACAUUGUACCGUCAGGUCAAGGUCCCAAAAAGAGCACACUUAGAAUGGUUACAGUUUUCGACCCAAAGCAUUUGCCUGUGUAUUGUCUUUUUUUCUGAAAUUAUACAUUAUAUCUUCUUUAUUGUAGGUCAACCAUGGCUGAAAAUUCAGAUGUUGCCUCCCUUGAAGACAGCUUUCGGAAAUUUGCGAUCUAUGGUGAUACCAAAGCCACAGGUCAAGAGAUGACAGGAAAAAACUGGGCUAAACUAUGUAAAGAAUGCAAAGUUAUCGAUGGGAAGACCAUUACUAUUACGGACGUCGACAUUGUGUUCUCUAAAGUAAAGUAUGUUAAAUUUCAAUAACUUUUGUGCCUAAGUAUUAUAACCACAUAUAUCAUUUGUAACAUAGAUUGUUAUCUUAUGGGUCAAGAGUAUAGCUCAGGCCAGCCAAACACACAUGGGGAACAAUAACCAAAUGUUGUAUUUUAAGCUGACCAUGUAUGGAAAGGAAAAUAUCAGGCCUAUUCACUUAAGUGAGAAUUUACAGUGAAAUCUAAGUAAAUUUCAAAUUUAAUGUUAAAAUAGCUGAACUGGAAGCUUUGCUGAGAAUUCAAGAUGAAUUCAAAGAGAAUUAGGACAAAAAAGUGAAACUGGAAAAAUUCUCUUGGUCGGCAAUGCUUCCAAUUUGGCUAUUUUAGCCUUACAUUUUAAAUUCACUUUGAAUUCGCCUUUAAUUCUCACUUUGGUGAAUAACCAUGUUUGAUCAUUUUUCUAGUUAUUUUCAUAUAAAUUUGAAAUUCACUUUGAAUCCUCACUUUAGUAAAUAGGUCAAAUCUUUAAAAAAAAUUUGUACACAAAUUUAUUUAUUUUUUUCUUAAAAACCGUUAACAUUUGAAAAUACAUACAAAUCGCUGGCAGCGAUCAAUUUUAUCAAUUUUUAUUAAACAUUAAGAACAUAAGAUAAUUCUGUAACAAUUACAUAAUUUGUGUUUUUCAGAGGAAAGACAGCCAGGGCGAUAACCUACGAGGAAUUUCAGAAAGCACUAGAGGAACUGUCAGCAAAGAAAUAUAAAGGGAAGAGCAAAGAAGAAGCUUUUGAGGCUAUCAGCAAACUGGUGGCUGGAAACGAGCCUGCUAGCACUGGGAUCACGGUACGAGACAAUAUCCAUUUCCAUUCUGUGAUGUCAUGACUCAUACAACUUCUUAUGGCAUAUACACAGAACAGCAGUGACUCCUGCACAAUAAAAGUGGUAAUAGGAAACAGUCUUAUUAGGUACUACAUCCCAUACACAGUGAGCAGGGCUACCUUUUGGUUGUAAAACCGUCACGUGGCUAUGUUUUAAAGCAGCUUUGUCACUAAAUCUAAACUUUAUCUAAUCUGCUUUUAUAUAGUCCCCUGUGUCUGACUCUGUUUUUACUCUUUUCCUGAGCACUUUAGUUUUCAUAAAAUACAUAAAGGAAAAGAUCAACUACUUUUCCUUAUGUUUAGCAAUCAAGGUGUCUUAAGCAAGUUUCUGUUACCAAUCAAAUUGAUCCACAAUCCAAUCGGUAAAAUCAAUCUCACAGAAGGCCAAACUGCAGACAUCUUGGGCAGAGGAGAACAAAUACGGAGAGUUGGCAGAAGGAAAAAAGAUAAUAAAUAUAAGUAAAGACAAUAGAAAAAAAGCUACAAGUAUUAUAAAGAACCUAACUCUAAAUGAAUUUAAGCAUAAAAAAAGGAGAAGGUUGGAGAAUGAAUCCACCAAGUCCCAAAAAGGGGGAACGGUGGGAACAAAGUCUCAAAACAAUAACCACCUCUAAAUAUAUGUUAUAAAAUUUUUUUGGUAGUACCAGAAAAAAAAUCUCAGAUAGUCUUUAAUUUAUAUUUUAAAAAGCCUUGUAAGGCAUAUAUAUAUAUCACGGUUAAGACUAAAUUAUAUUUUGAAAACAAGUAAAAAAUUUCAAAAAAAAAACCCCACACACAAACAUAACAUGAAAAAUGGUUUGAAAAGGGGAUCUAGGUAUAACAGAGAAAAGACAGUUAAUUAGAGGUUCUUGUGACUCAAACUGGUUUGUGUGAAUAAUUAUAGCAUAUACAUUUGAAACAAGCUAUAUUUGAGAACAAGGUUAUUAAUUAUUGUAACCUUUCAGUUUUUGAAACAAACUAUGUUUGAAAACAAGGUUAUUUCAAAUCUAUCCACUUUUAUUUCUCUAUGUGUAUAACUAUAGAGCAAGCAUGUCAAACUCAAAGUCUGGCACGGGCCACAUAAACAAGUUUAUGUGGGCUGCAAAAAAAACCCAAACCUUACAUUUUCACAGAAACAUAGGUUUAUCUUAAAAAGUACAGUAUAAAAACCCCAGCAUCCCCCUCUACUAAACCACAGCAUCCCCCUCUGCUAAAUCCCAGUCGUCCCCCCUCUACUAAACCACAGCACCCCCCUCUACAACCCUGUGCCAAAUCUGAUCCUCCCGCUGACACACACACACACUCACUGACAGACACACACACACUCACUCACACUAACAGGCACACAUACACACUGACAGACACACACACACACAUACACACAGACAGACACACACACACACACAUACUCACUGACAGACACACACACACACACAUACUCACUGACAGACAGAUGCCGGGUGCCGGAAUGUAACGUCACAUUCCGGCGCCUGACUUCACUACAGACGGCGCGCGCGAGGGAGCAGUGAGGAGCAGGAACACUGAGCUCCCUUGCUGGCCCUCCUCCAUGGCAGGGUAGGUUUUAGCAGUAGUAGGCAUCUGCAAUGUGGGGAAAGUAGGUGCCUACUCUGCUAUAACACUAAGCAUGUACUCGCGGCUCGCCGGGCCACAAAGAUGGUCCUCGUGGGCUGCGAGUUUGACAUGCUUGCUAUAGAGUGUUAAGACUGCAAAACUCCAUCUAGGUAUAGUUGAUAUGAGUCAGAAAGAAACAUCGAAAUGUCAACCAACAGGACAGGUUGCUCAUAUGUUAGCAGGUGGCUUGUAGUGGUAGAGUAUUCAUUAUCAAACCUUCUCUUUUUUUUAUGUAUAAGUAAAGACAUAUGGCAAAGGGCAGGGGGAAGAGUAUAGUCAUUAAAAUACAGGGGCAUUAGGAAAUGAAAACAAAAAGAGACAAAAAAAAUGACAGGGCUACUUUGACUGAUCAUAUAUACCUGUAUAAACUCUCUCCCAUACAUCACCCGACAGAAAGAAUUUCAUCACUGUGACAACGAUUCAGUUAAAACCAAACUUUAUACAACAGUUGGAAACUACCGUAAUACCCCUCUAAUGUAAUCCUUAUAUGGCUACUUCACCACAAUAAUUUCACAUUAUAUAUCUUUGAAACGGAAUGGAAUACAGAAGACACUUGACCAUAUCUAUCUAUUUACACAAGUUUCUCACAAAUACAGAUGUUGGAUCAGACAAAUUGCAUCAUAUAUACAAUCUGUCUACAGACAGAAUCUAUUCUUCCUAAUAGUCCCAGAUUCAGCGGGACAGUCCAAAUUUAACCUCCUGCCCUUUUUUUCCCACCCAUUGUCACUGCCCCCAUCUGAACCACAAACCUGUCUGACCAAUUUCCAUAUCAGCAUCCCAUCAAAUGACUAGGAAGAAACAUAGAAGAGUUCUGUGAACUAAAUGUAUAGGAACACUCCAAAGUUAUAAAUUAAUGCAUUUAUUUAUGAUGCUGCAGUGUUGUAUGGGCUGUUCGGAUUACUGCUGAAAAGAGGCUAAGAAACAGGUAGGGGAAAAAAUGUUAAGGAGUUAUGGAAUGCUAGUGCAAUUUCCUUGAGCCAAUUUACUUUCCAUGUUCUCCAAUGUGGUCCCUGCCUCUAGUUUAUUUUUUAUGUGUCUAAAUAUAAACAGGAGCCGCGUGCGCAUUCAGCCAGUUCAUAGGAAAGCAUUUAUAAUGCUUUCCUAUGGACGCUGGCAUCUUCUCACUUUGAUUUUCACAGUGAGAAGCACGCAAGCGCCUCUAGCGGCUGUCAAGAGACAGCCACUAGAGGCUGGAUUACCUAUAUUAUAAACCUAGCAGUUUCUGGGUGCCUAUAGUGGUCCUUUAAUUAGUGGGGUAAUAGCUUCUUGAUCCAAGGAGAUGUCUGACUGCCAUUCUGGGGUCAAGAAGGAUUUUUUUCGCUAAUUUGUUGCAAAAUAGCAUGCGCUUUAGACAGUUUUUUUGUCUUCUUUGGAAUCAACAACAAAACCAAAGUUAAAAGGCUGAACUUAAUAGACACAUGUCUCUUUUCAGCUAUGUAACCCUAUUGAAACAAGCUGGAUCCCUUUGCCCAUGUUUGCGUUGUGACUGCACAAUACUGUGUCACUAUCAACUCUGGCAUUAAUUACAUAUUUCUUUUGCAUCCCCUCUCCAGAAAGCUGCAGCUGUGGGAGCAGUGGACCGACUCACAGACACCUCAAAAUACACCGGUUCCCACAAGGAGCGUUUCGAUGAGUCAGGAAAGGGAAGAGGAAAAAGUGGUCGUGAGACCAUCGUGGAAAAUACCGGAUAUGUUGGCGCAUAUAAACAUGCUGGCACGUACGAUGCCAAGGUGAAAAAAUAAGGUGCACCAGUAGGUGUGCUACAACCAUUGCUCCUGCAUAGUUACCAUUAACCUUUUAAGUACCAAGUCUGUUAAGGGAUAAAAGGCGCUACAUUUCAAAAAUAUAACCCAGUGCAGCUAAAAACACCUCAGUAUAUUGUCACUUCAUUCACUAAAUAAACAGGAAAAAAAUUAAAUAUAAAAGGUGAUAGCGCAAACUUUCAUUAUAUUUACCUUUUCGAUAUAUAUUCACAGAUAGGUUCUUUUUUUAGUAAACCAAUUACACAUAGACCCUAUGUAAUACAAAUAUAGAGCAUACCAUAGUGUAAUUUGUUAGAACAAAGUUAAGGUAGUGAAUAAAAAUGGAAUAUAUAUUGAAAAGGUAAAUAUAAAUUAAAAUUUGCGUUAUCACCAUUAACCUUUUCAUUGCCAGAGCAGUAAGGUAGGUCAACCUGGUGCUGAAUGGGUUAAUGGUUACACUGCAGUCUGUUUCUAGCACCAAAGAAAGCCAGUGGAGAGGCAAUGUUUUUUGGAGAUAAUACCCUUAAAUGUUUUUGUUAUACAUUUCUUUUAUUCAUUUUAUGGGGUUUUUUGGGUUUUUUUUUGCUGUAAAUGCAGCAUGACAAAAGUGUUUCUAAUAAUUCAUAGUUCCUUUGAAGAGACACAGCGUACCCAGAGUAAGUAGAUUCUAUUCUCUCCAGCAAAGGAAAUUGGUAGUUUAACUGCUCUGCUGAAAAGCACCUUUUUACUGAAAAAUAGGGAGUUGCCAAUUAGAGCAUGCGUAUGAGCAUGUUGUAUUGCCUUUUUUCUUAACAGAACUACACAAAUAUGUGAUAUAACUGCUCUGCUAUCUGAUUUUUUGGUUUGAUUGACAUUGCUGUGUUUGGAACAUCACUAACGCCUCCUUUGACUGCUAUUGACCCUUCAUUCACCUUUAUGCCCUACCCUGGUAUUGAAAGACUUAAAAAAACAAACAAAAAAACACUAAGAAUUCGAAACAUGAAAAAUCUGUAAAACCCUGUUUGGUUCCAAAAAUACUCAAAAAAAAGUCGAUCUCUAUACAAGACAACAUUUACCUUCGAUGAGUUGUUUACAAUGUGCUUUGACUAGGUGCUACCCAGGACUGCAGGUUUAAAGGGUAUUCACAUCUGUCCAUCGUGAUGUGAAGCCUCCUUCCAAUGGAGAAGUUGUUUCAUCCAAUGAUAUCUGCAGAAGCCUAUAUCCAGCACAUUGAAUGGGGGAUAUUGGGUAUUCUGUUAUACAUACAAUGUAGCACUUAUGUCUCAACCUAAAUCCUUAACUAUGUUUUCUUAUGAAUAGUAUGUUGAACAAAGCAGUUUUAACCUUUAAGCCUUUAUGCCUGGGGCACGUAUUUACCAAGCUAUGCUAUUUUAUUUGGCUCUAUUUAGACAUAUUACAUCAAUCUCUUCUGUAGCAAGGAUACACGUACCUUAUUCCAUUAUAGUGAAUUGUGUGUGUACCCACCUCUAACUUACUGUUGAUCAAAGGACCACCUCGAAUAUACUGGAAUGUCUUACCUAUUCACCGGACAGUGCCUACAAAAAUGCAUUGCUUUGUAAACAUGGCCCAAUUUCUGUGAUCAAUAUAUAUACACAAGUCUUUGUUUUCCCUUAGGACAAACAUGUCAAAAUACAAACGCAAGAGAAUUGUGAAAUGGAUAACCAAAUUUCUACAUAUAUAUAUUAUUUUUUUUUAAAUGCCAAAUCUCAGUUUGAUUUUUUGUUAGUACAUCAAUGCCAAGUAACACUUAGUGGCCCAAGUUACCCAUUGCACUCUUGGUUCUGCUAUAUAUUUGUGUAGGGUGAAUUUAGUUAACAGUGAAUUUCUGCACUUCCUUGAUAGAGCCUUAAAGAGUUCAUUUGCACUAACCAUUCAGAAAGCAAGAUUCUCCUACACCUACACAUGUUCAAUUCGCAUCAGAUCAUUUAAGGCUUUUCACCAAUAAACCUCUUAGUCUUGUACAUAUGUGGCAAAUUUAUAUAUUUAUCUUCUUGUUUGACCUAAGUUUGAAGACUUCUGUAUGUAUUACAUUCUGUGUGUCUUCUGUUUUUUUGUUUUUUUUCUAACGCUAUGGAUAUGUCUUGCAGCAGAAAUACACCUUAUUAUCGCAAUAUCUAAUUUGCCUUUGUUAAACUUCCUAGAAUAAUUAUUACAAAAAUGUGUACAUUUGUUUUAAUCCUUGCUGACUUUACAAUGGGCCAAUAUUUAUCUACAUAACAAUAAUAGUUUGUGUCUGGAGUUAGCAUUCAGAAAAAUGUAAUGGGUGUUUUGUUUUUUUAUUUAUAUGCUUUUUGUCUUAAAUAUUUACAUUAACAUUGUUAUAAAAAUUCACACUACCAGCUGCGAAUUCAUUUUUUUUGUUGUUAAACUCAAAUUAUCGCCAAGCUUUCUACAAUGUGAAAAAAAUCUCAGUUCUGGCCACUUAAAUGGGGCCACGGUUUUAUAUCUUAUUUAACGUAAAAUCUCAGUCGCAAAAUAGAACAUUUCUGGAUAAUCUAUUCCCCUCUUCAAAAAAAAAAAGGAAGAAGAUUGCAAUAUUUUUCGGGUAGACCCCAACCCGUAUUACAUAUUAAACUCCUUUGUAACAAGUUUGCCAUGUUUAAUGCAGAAAAUGCAAUUGAAAGGGUUUCUCAAACUUUAACUACAAUAAUCUGUUUUGGGUUUUAUGUACAAUGUAAGCUUCGCAAUAAAAAAAGUAUAGGGCAGUGUAAGUUGGAGUAAAACGGAUGAUAAGAUUUCGCUCUUGACAUAACUGUCAUGACGUCGUCUUUCUGCCCUAAAUUUUCAUUGAUGUCCUCCUCACUACAAAAAUAUGUGGUAGCUGUUCAGAAUGAUGAUAGUGAUCCUUGUCUAAAAGGAAUUGUGUGCGGAUACACAAAAAAAUUAUUCUGCAAAACCUAAAGGAUCAAUAAUGUCAUAAUUAAGCAGGCUGAAUGUUUUCUCUUGGAAGACGAUUCAUUACGCAACUACAGCUAUAAGUACAUUUUACAUACCUGUGUUAUUCUAAAUAUCUCAAGAAUUUGUUUUCAAUAACAUAUUACAACAUGUAUAUUUAGAAUUUAAAAAAAAAGUGAUUUUCUGAUUUCCCCAGAUCAGCUAGUAUUCCUGCUUAGCAAAUUUGGCCUAACAUUUGCAUUUCCUUUGUCAAAUCAAAAAUCCUAUUUUAAAUAACUUUUUUUUUUUUUUAAUCUAAUAACCUUUUUUUGAUAACUAUAGAGAGCUAUGGCCUGGGCAAGAUCUCCCUGUGAAUCCCCCUAUGAGGUACCACUAGUUAUUGCUUAGUAUGUGACAUUAUUAAAAAAAAAAAAAAAAGAAGCUACAUGGAACUUAAUAUUGGGUCCACUCACACUUUACACAUGUAAAAAAACAAAAACGAAAUAGUGUGCACAUGGUAAUCUUACUGCAUGUUACUCAUAAACCACAUUUCUGGAUUUAAUCAUAUUGCAUCUCCAUUACUGGCUGAGGAUAAUAGGAAAUAUACUUGUUCUGAUAUGGCGCCACAGGCUGGUCACUGCUGAUAGUGCAUGCUGUACACUUGCAAGCUAUAGUAUGAUAAUGCAUGCCAUAGUCCUUCAUAAUAAACAGUAUAUCUGUAGCAGACAUGUAAUUCAAAUCUAAGUAUUCCACAGUGCUUAGAAUAUUAUUCUUCAAGUGUUCCCAUGCUUAAAAAAAAACCCUUUUAACACGACUUAUUCCUUGUUAAUGCCAGUUUAGCAAACACACUUUCAUAAUUUAAUGUCCAUAUUCAUAGUUGUAUGACGUUUUGUUUAAAAUUACACAACUUCUGUUUUAUCAUGAUGUCAUAAUUAAGCAGGCUAAAUGUUUAUAUUACACAUAUAUUCUAAGCAGGGUCAGAUAAACAGAGACUAAAGGAGUUGAAGCUCCAGGCCCAUGCAAAUGGAAUAGGCCCACUGUUUAAAAAAAAAAAAAAAAAAUUAUAAUAAUUUUUUUACUACUUUUCUCACACUCUUUCUUUGUGCAGAGGGAAUUAAAUCUGGGAACGUAGGAGGGAUGUAGAGGAAUAAAACUUGUGUGAACUUGCUGACCAUAAAUUAGUAAAGAUAAAGCGGGUUCUGCCCUUGCUGCUUCUGUCUCUUUAACAGUGACAUGUACCCUUAAUUCUACAUUCACUACAUCCACCUUUUUCUCUGUCGCAGACUGCAUACCAGAAGUUUCUGCUUGCUAGUAAGAAAGGAAGUGGAAAGUGUGUGCUGGGGUACACCGGGGAACUGUCCUCAGAAAGCGUAGAGGGCGUGCAUUAGGGUGCUGAAACAGCGCUGUCUGCCUUAGUUGGCUGGUCUGUGUGAUUGGCAGGCAGCCAGGCUGUCCUUCAAAUUUUUCAAGCAGACCUGCUUCCUUUUUUUUGGGUGGGUCCAAACCUUUGGGCAGUGCCUUGACAUGAUUCACAUCAUUGGCCCACCUCUAUUUACUAUUUACUGCGCCCACUGACAUCCCGCUUCACAGGACGAUGAUGGGGGGUAUGGAUUUGGCUGAGAGAUGAAAGCGAGAGAUUAGCAUAGGGUAUAUGUAUUCUUAUAAAUGCAUCCUGUGAGUUUCCCUCCAGCACCACCUCCACCAGAUACAAGACACUCGGUGGUAUAACUGUUUAGUGUUUUCUGUCAAUAAGAUUUUGUAAUUAGGCCCAUCAUAAUUGUCAGCACCAGGCCCAAUGGGUUUUUUAUCUGACCCUGAUUCUAACUAAUAGGUUUUCUAAAUUCUGCGGUGAGUUAUGGCAUGGUAUAUCAGUUGUAUAAUAUUAAGUUAGCAUCCUAUAAAAACAUGUAUUAGACAGCGCCUCUCUCUCUCUCUCUCCAUCAGUAUGCUUUUAUAUGUAUGUGAAAUUUGUUGUAUCUGCAAUAAAUAUAUCUUUUUUAUGUUUGUGUUUUUAUGCUCAUAAAAUGUUAGAUAAAUAAGAAAGCAUUUAAUUUAUACUGAUUACAAAAAAA